UGGGUCAUGCUCAUAAUCCUCCUCAACCACAGACUCUUAUCGUCAACACUUUGGUUCGAAGACGUUUCGGCACGAUGACGACCGGUCUAUUCGUAGCAUCUCUGUUCGCCGCCCUCGGCACGGCACUCUGCAGUAACUACACCGUCGGCAGAGAGGCCUACCUGGACUUCCACAUCACACCAAAGGAGCCGCAGGACGAGCCGAUAAGAGGCAGAAUAGUCAUCGCGCUGUUCACAGAGGCCCUGCCCAUGACCACCUACAGCUUCGCCAUGAUCGCCAAGGGAUUCAAGAAAGCCAACCCACCACACCAGUUGAUGCAUUACAAGAACAGCUACGUACAUAGGAUCGUUCCCGAUCUCAUCGUGCAGAUGGGUGACGUCACUGUCGGCGACGGCAGCGGUGGCCGCAGCAUCUACGCGCCGAUCUUCGACGACGAGAACUUCUUCCUGAGCCACCGCAGCGCCGGUUGGGUGUCGAUGGCCAACCACGGACCCGACUCCAACCAGAGUCAGUUCUUCCUCACGCUCAACAAGGCGCGCUGGCUCGACAACAAGAACGUCGUCUUCGGACGCGUGAUCGAAGGCAUGGAGUUGCUGAAGACCCUCGGCUCUGUCGAACCUGACCAGUUCAACGGAGUACCGAUGCAGCUCAUCAAGAUCACCGCCUCGGGACUGUACAAGCUCGACAAGGAGUACGACCUGUCGGAGAAGGACCUGGAUAGGGAGGACGACAUCGGCGCCAAGGGUGUGUACCAGAAGGUCGAGAAGGAAGGAAAGAAGGAGAAAGAAGGAGAGAACAAGAAGAAGAGCAAGUCCGUCUAAAUGGGCACGCGGACUUCUCCGCGUAUUUCUCUACAUCGUCGCCCUGAUCUAGUCUCACAGAUUGCCGCCCAUGUCAUUAAAAACUUGAUUCCUCGGCUACACAUAACGACUUCUUUUACAACCUCUUUCCAUUCCGUGAAUGAUAAAGCUCAAGGAGUUCGUGGGGCUAUCGUGUAAGAGUCAAUAUGUCAUCCAUUUCUGAUAGGCCUACUGCAACGUAACGUACGUCUGUAGCUAUGUUUGAACUUUGAGCAAUAAACAGAGCGUCAAAUACCA